AUGAAGUUGGAAAACAUUUUGAAUGAGGCAUCAAGAGAAAAGUCCGAGGUUCCAGGUCCGGAUGCCACUCAGGCUGAGGACGGGUCCAAGCGCGACGGCAAGCUGCCUGCACACGACCACCACCCCCAACGCAGACCCUCGGUCCAUUCGCCCACCAGCACCAGUACAGCUGCCGGCCAGGUGGUUGCACCGAGUGGACAACAGGGACCAAGUGGACCUAGUGGGCCGAGCGUACAAGCGCCGAGUGGCGCACAAACCACGUCCAACCAGAUUGCGGCUCCCGGACAAAUGUCUCGUCCUCCGAGCACGGGCCACUUUGGAAUGCAGCCGGUUCCACAACCACACGAAUUCAUUCCGGGGCCAUUGCACGCGCCCCAGCCCUAUUAUCCGCAUCAUCUACAACACCAGGGCCACUUUCCGCCCCUGCAACCGAUCCAGAUCCCCCAGUGGACCGCUCCGCACCACGGCCAUCAUCCCAGUCUGACCCCUGGGCCCUCGCCGACCGCCACGGCCCCUGAACAUCGUCACAGACGCAACUCGUCGGUCUACUCGCCGUAUCAGCGGCCUCGUGGCGGCUCCGUGGGCCAUCUGGGGCCCGUGCCCACCACCAGCUCACAUUUGCCGCCUCCAGCCACAGUCACGUUUGCUCGGGGCGGCUUUGAAGACAAGACCAGCGACGGCAGCCAACGGAAACGCAGCAAGGCGCCCAACAGCACGUGGACCAUGGAGGACGACAACCGGCUGCUGGACCUGGUGCUGGCCACGUUACCGCGGCAGGACUACGCCGAGUACGCCCGUCUGCUCAACAAACGGGACAGUCAGACGGUGCGGUACCGGUGGAAGGUGUUGGUUCGACGGGCACGGGGCGAGGGAGAGCAGCAACAGCAGCAGCAACAACAGCAACAACAGCAACAGCAACAGCAACAGCAACAACAGCAGCAGCAGCAGCAGCAGCAGCAGGACAGGUAG